GCUGUAUCCUCCGCGUUACUGAGAGCGCAGGGAGAGAGAAGGAGCGCGCGCGUAUCCGGUGCACGGGAUAUCCGAGCACACCGGCGAUCUGACCGAGCAAGCAAAUCUGGCCUCAGACACAUUUUUAAUGUGAUGCGUGUGAUAUCACCCUUGAAGAAGCCGCGUACUGACCGGUGUCAUCGAAAGUACCGAGUGUCGUUUUGCGCCACGCAUCCCCUUCUUCUCAUCGCAUCCGCGCGCCGCGUACCUGACUGAAGUAUGCCAGAGAAUAGAGACGGCGCUGAAUCCAUCCGGGAUCAUUCCUACAUCGCUUGAGAAGCAUCUUUCCUCGCUCAUCUGUGCCAUUAUCAUUCCUCUUCAGGAGUGGGUGUGCAGGGCUGCUUGAGGAAGCAGGCGCGAUGGCCAAUGCCUCAACAGACCUGGACAAUGCUGAGGCCCAGAGACAGCUCAACAACAACAACAGGCCUGCAAGCACAGGAUUCUGGGAAACAGAGACCACCAGUGCCAAACUAUUUGAGUGCUCCCGCAUCAAAGCACUAGCAGAUGAGAGAGACGCAGUCCAGAAGAAAACCUUUACUAAGUGGGUGAACUCUCAUUUGGCCCGUGUGUCCUGCCGUAUCUCUGACCUGUAUAAUGACCUGAGAGACGGAUACAUGCUCAUCAGACUGCUGGAGGUGCUGUCAGGAGAGCUGCUGCCUCGGCCCACAAGAGGCAGGAUGAGGAUUCACUGUUUGGAGAAUGUGGAUAAGGCUCUUCAGUUCCUCAAAGAACAGAGGGUUCAUCUAGAAAAUGUUGGUUCUCAUGAUAUAGUUGAUGGAAACCACCGCCUCACUCUCGGCCUCAUCUGGACCAUCAUCCUCCGCUUCCAGAUCCAGGUGAUUAAGAUUGAGACGGAGGACAACCGAGAGACACGCUCCGCUAAAGAUGCUCUUCUUCUGUGGUGUCAGAUGAAAACAGCAGGGUACCCAGAGGUCAACAUUCACAACUUCACCACCUGCUGGAGGGAUGGCCUGGCUUUCAACGCUCUUAUUCACAGGCACAGGCCUGAUUUAAUUGAAUUCCACAAGUUGACCAGAUCCAAUGCAACACACAACCUCCAGCAAGCCUUUAACAUAGCUGAGCAGAGCCUCGGACUCACCAAACUACUAGACCCUGAGGAUGUAAACACAGAGAAUCCAGAUGAGAAGUCCAUCAUCACUUAUGUAGUAUCCUACUAUCAUUAUUUCUCCAAAAUGAAGGCACUUAUUGUAGAAGGGAAGAGAAUUGGAAAGGUGCUGGACAAUGCUAUAGAAGCUGAGAAGAUCAUUCGCCGUUACGAGGCUUUAGCGUCCGACCUGUUAGAGUGGAUUGAGAGAACCAUUAGCAUCAUUAGCAACCAGAAGUUUGCAAACUCGUUGUCGGGUGUUCAGCAACAGCUUCAAGCCUUUACCACCUACUGCACCAUUGAGAAGCCUAACAAAUUCCAGGAGAAAGGGAACCUGGAGGUGCUGCUUUUCACCAUCCAAAGUAAGCUCAGAGCUAACAAUCAGAAGCCAUACAUGCCUCAUGAUGGGAAACUCAUCUCAGACAUCAAUAAGGUAUGUACUGUUUAAUAGAUAUGGUUCUUA